CUGUCCGGGAGGCGCGAAAACAAAAAAAAACAGCCAUGGUGCAGUGGUGCGGCUUGCUGGUGCUGGUGGCGACGGCCGCCCUGGUGCGGGGCUCGGCGCUCGGCCCUGGACCGGCCCCCCGCCUCGUACUGCCCCCCGCCGGACGGAUCCAGGACGACGCCGAGAAGCUGCUGGGGCUGCCCGCCGGGGUGCAGGUCGACCCCGCGCCGCCGCGGCGCUACAGCCCCGCGCCCAAGGCCGCCGUGAAGGCCGUCCGCGCCGACGCCGACCCCUACCGCCUGCCCCAGAACGUGGUGCCCACGCGCUACCAGCUCGCCCUGACCGUGGACAUGACGGUCCUCAGCUUCACGGGGUCCGUGAGCAUCUCGCUGAACGUGCUGGCCGACACGGACACCAUCGUGCUGCACGCCGCCGACAACCUCGGUUUGCCCGAGGACAGCGUGAGGGUGGAGGCCGCGGACCACAGCACCGUCGCGGUCAGCAAGGUGGAGCGGAACAGCCAGUACAGCACCGUGACCGUCACCCUGGCCGCCCCACUGCAGAAGAACGCGCACUACACGCUCUCCUUCUCGUCCUUCUCGUCGGACCUCCUCGGGGACCUCAGCGGCUUCUACAAGUCCAGCUACGUCACGUCGGACGGCACCACGCGCUACUUGGCCACGACGCAGUUCGAGUCCAUCAACGCCAGGAAGGCGUUCCCCUGCUUCGACGAGCCCAGCCUCAAGGCACGCUUCGACAUCCAGAUCACGCACGACAAGGGCUACGGUGUUCGGUCCAACAUGCCGCUGCUGAGUACCAGUUCCGACGACAGGACCCAGACGACCGUCUUCAAGUCCACCGUCCCCAUGUCCACGUACCUGCUGGCGUGGGUGGUGUCCGACUUCGAGAAGGUGUCCAACGCCGACGAGACCUUCAACACGUGGGCGCGCAAGGACAUCGUCGCGGGUGCCACCAUCAGUCAGCAGGUGGGCCAGGAGGCCCUGAAGCAGCUCGCCGAGUACACCGGCAUCGCCUACGUCAUGCCCAAGACGGACCAGUUCGCCAUCCCCGACUUCAGCGCCGGCGCCAUGGAGAACUGGGGCCUCGUCACCUACAGGGAGCCGUACCUCAUCAAGACGGAGAACACGGACGUGUCCUACGAGCAGACGAUCUCGACAAUCAUCUGCCACGAGCUGUCCCACCAGUGGACCGGCAACCUGGUCACCAUGGACUGGUGGUCCAACACCUGGCUCAACGAGGGCUUCGCCACCUUCUUCGAGAACUUCAUCUGCGACAAGAUCAACCCCGACAUGAAGCUGAUCGAGAAGGCCAUCACCACGUACGCCCAGGUGGCCUUCAACAACGACCUGAUCGACACCCAGCACGCCAUGAGCAGCCCCGUCUCCAGCCCCGCCGAGAUCGAGGCCAAGUUCGACCGCAUCUCCUACUCCAAGGGCGGCACCGUCCUCCGCAUGUUCCAGCACAUCCUCACCCCGGCCGUCUUCCAGAAGGGCCUCUCGCGCUACCUGGCCACCAACAUGUUCAUGAACGGCACCCCCGAGAAGCUCUUCCGCGCGCUGGCCGCCGAGGCCGCGGCCGCCAACGACAAGACCCCCGACACGGUGUCGCUGCCCGACAACGUGGACUUCCCCGCGGUGGCGAGGAGCUGGACUGAGCAGCCGGGCGCGCCCGUCGUCACGGCCUCGUGCGACUUCAGGGCCAAGAAGUGCACCCUGUCGCAGCAGCAGCUGCGCUCCGCGUCGUCCACGUCCAAGACCAGCAACAAGUGGUACAUCCCCGUGACAGUCAUCACCUCCAAGUCCGCCGACCUGUCCGCCGUCAAGACCGUCGCCUGGCUCACGCCCGACAAGGACAGCGUCAGCAUCGACAUCGACGUCGACGACGAUAGCGCGCAGUGGGUCAUCAUCAACCCCCAGCAGACAGGCUACUACCGCGUGCAGUACGACGACGCCUCCAGGGGCCGCAUCCUGGCCGCGCUCUUGGACUCCCAGAACGAGGCUGUGCUGGACGGAGCGACGCGCGCGCAGUACUUGAGUGACGUCCUGGGCUUGGCGCAGACCGACAAGCUGGACUGGACCGAGACCGUCAAGGCCCUGCAGACCCUCAAGGACACGCAGAACUCGGCCGUGUGGCUGGCCGGCUUCCGCGUCAUCAGCACCCUGGCUAACGAGCUCGCCAACACCGACGUCUACUCGUCGUUCAAGAUUAUCUUGGACAAGGUCACCGCGUCCACGUUCGAGAAGGUCGGCCUGAAGGUCAAGGAGACCGACGACCACAACACCCGCCACCUGCGCUACUUCGUGGCGCCCUACGCCUGCGCCAGCGGCAACGCCGAUUGCCUCGCUGAGGCGGCCACCAUGCUCAAGGAUCUUUUCGCCAACAGCGUCCUCCCCCACGUGGACAUGGCCCGCGCCGUGCUGUGCUACGGCCUCAAAACCACCGACGACACCGUCUUCGCCAACGUGAAGCAGCUGUGGCAGUCUGCUACUGGAACGACGCGAAGCGACAUGGCCACCGCCCUCGCCUGCGCCCCGAGCCAGAAACUCGUCUCGACCACGGGGCUGAUCCCCGAGCUGCUGUCCAAGACGAAAGCCAAGGAGCAGGACAAGUCCGACCUGUACGACCUGUUCGACUCCAUCAUCACGCAGCAGCCCGACCACCGCCGCGCCCUGCUGGACUUCGUCAAGGGCAACUGGCAGAAGAUAGACACCUUCUUUGGUGACACCGAAAGCCUGGCCAUGGUCUUGACUUCCAUCAUCGGCACGAUCCGCAACGACGCCGAGCUGAGCGAGGUGCAGCAGUGGGUGCGCUCCACCUUCUCGGGCCGCGCCGAGUACGCCAACAUCCAGGGCUCGCUGUCCAUCAUCGAGGACCGGCUGCACAACGGCUGGUACCGCAGCAACUACGAGAAGGUGGCCGCCUACAUCUACCUGGAGACGAACACCCACCCGCCCGCCGGCCCCACCACCUCCCAUCCCCCAACCUCCAACCCCGGCCCCACCUCGGCACGCCCCACGGGCCAGCCCGGCCCCACCUCGGCACGCCCCACCGGCCAGCCCGGCCCCGGCCCCAACCCCUCGACGGCCAAGCCGAACGGGGCCUCCUUCGUGGCGGCGUCGACCACCACUCUCCUCUCCUUGGUGCUCCUGGUGGCCGCCCUUGCCCAGAGGGCGUAGAGCCCUUUUUGUAAAUUUAAUUUUAGCUAGAAAACUCGAUAAAUAAACUUUUAUACCGAUCGUUGA